AUGGCUAGGCAUCUGCAAGGCUAUCAGUGGGUCAGCCCCACUGCCCUCCUGCCAGAUUAUUCUCCUCGUACCUCACACAUGCAAGCACAAAUCCACUCAGCAAACAUCUCUGAGCACCCACCAGUGGCAGCCUUGGAGCUCAGGUCCGUCGACCUGCAGAAGGCCAGGAACAACCAGGAACAUCACACGCAGGAGAUGGGUCUGCAGCGGCUCAUCGUGCGCCGCAGUGAGUCCUUCACAAUCCAGCUGCAUUUCAACCGACCCUUCCACUCUGGGACCGACUACAUCACCUUUGUGGCUGAGACCACCCCUCCCCAAGACAAAGACGAUGUCUACCUGCCAAGUGAAAUACUGCUGCAGGAGUAUAUCAUGAUGGACUAUGGCUCUGUUUACAAUGGUCAUGAAAGAGUCAUCACCCCCUGGCCCUGGAACUAUGGGCAGUUUGAAGAGGACAUGAUAGAUAUCUGCUUUGAGAUUCUGAACAAGAGCCUGUACUUCUUAGAGAACCCAACCAAAGACUACUCCCAGUGGAACAAUGUGGUGUAUGUCUGCAGGGUGGUGAGCGCCAUGAUCAACAGCAAUGAUGACAGCGGUGUGCUGCAGGGGAGCUGGAGAGAGGACUACUCCCAGGGGGUCAGCCCACUGGAGUGGACGGGCAGCGUGGCCAUACUGUGACAGUGGGCGGCCAGGGGUGGGCAGCCUGUGAGGUAUGGGCAGUGCUGGGUAUUUGCAGCUGUUAUGAGUACCGUGAUGAGGUGCCUGGGGAUCCCCACCCAAGUAAUCACCAACCUUGACUCUGGCCAGGACACAGACGGAAACCUGAUCGUAGAUGAGUAUUAUGACAACACGAAGGACAGUAUCUGGAAUUUCCACAUCUGGAAUGAGUGCUGGAUGGCCUGGAAUGACCUCCCUCCCGGAUACGGAGGCUGGCAGGUGCUGGACGCAACACCUCAGGAGAUGAGCAACAGCCUCUACUGCUGCGGUCCUGUCUCUGUCAGAGCCAUCAAAGAAGGAGAGGUGGAUCUGAACUAUGACACAGCCUUCGCCUUCUCCACGGUAAAUGCUGACUGCAUGGCCUGGCUGGUCUUUGGAGGCAAGGAGCAGAAACUUCACCUGGACACCAAUUCUGUUGGCAAUUUUAUCAGCACCAAGAGCAUCCAGAGUGAUGAGCGGGAUGACGUCACGGAAAACGGCAAGUACGGAGAAGGUCCCCUCCAGGAGAGGCAGGUGUUUCUGAAGGCUCUUCAGAAGCUGAAGCCUGGAAGGUCCCAAGGCUCCCUCUAAACAGAAUCACAAACUUCCAGUUCCAUGCUGCCAAGGGACAGUCUGAGGAGCCUUGCUAUGCGUUCCCUUCGGCCCAGUGAUGUUGUCCAGGUCUCCCUGAAAUUCCAGCUGCUCGACCCACCCGACAUGGGCCGGAACAUAGGGUUUGUCCUGCUGGCCCUCAACAUGUCGCCCCAGUUCAAGGACCUCAAAGUGAACCUGAGUGCCCAGUCUCUGCUGCAUGAUGGCAGGCCCCUGCCCCCAUUCUGGCAGGACACAGCCUUCAUCACACUCUCUCCUGAAGAAGCAAAGACCUAUCCCUGCAAAAUCCCCUAUUCCCAGUAUGGCUAGUACCUGUCCACAGACAAGCUGAUCCGCAUCAGUGCCCUGGGUGAAGAGAAGAGCAGUCCCGAGAAGACCGUGGCGAACAAGAUCAUCACCUUAGCCUAUCCCGGCAUCAUGAUUAAUGCUUUAGGAGCAGCCAUUGUGAACCGGCCGCUCUCCAUACAGGUGAUAUUUUCAAACCCCCUCUCGGAGCAGGUUGAAGAUUGUGUACUGACUGUGGAAGGAAGUGGUCUCUUUAGGAGACAGCAGAGAGCCCUCAUUGGAGUCCUCAAACCCCAUCACAGAGCCAGCCUCACUCUGCAGACUGUCCCCUUCAAGAAUGGCCAAAGGCAGGUCCAAGCAAAUCUGAGGAGCAACAAGUUUAAAGACAUCAAGGGUUACAGGAACGUCUAUGUAGACUUCAGGUUACAAAUUCUGGGACAAUGA